GGCUGCGCCGCGCGUCACUUCCUGGCGGGAUGGCGGCGAAGCGGUCGCGGGCCGCAAUGGAGGAGCAGGAGAAGACGUCGACGCGGAGCGACGACCGCGAGCAGGCGGUCAACCGCUGGGUGCUGCAGUUCUACUUCCACCAGGCCGUGGCGGCCUACCGUGCCGGGCGGAACCGCGACUUCCGUCAGCUCCGCGAUGUGAUGCAGGCGCUGCUCGUGCGGCCCUUGGAGCGGGAGCCGGCGGUGGCUCAGAUGUUGCGCGUCAUGCAGUUCCUGUCGCGGAUCGAGGAAGGCGAAAACCUAGAUUGCACCUUCGAUAAAGAGACAGAGCUCACUCCUCUUGAGUCAGCGAUUGGAAUCCUGCAGCUGAUUGCAAAAGAAUUCAGCGUGCCUGAAAAGAAGAUAGAACUCAUCCACAAAGUACUGAAGGAAGCUGCUGUUAUUGUCUGCAUAAAAAACAAAGAGUUCAGUAAAGCUUUGGCAGUUUUGAAGAGACAUAUGGAGAAGGAUACUGGAAAUCAGAAAAAGAGGACUGAGUUGCAGACUAUCAUCCGGGAGAAGAAUCGUGCUCAUCCAAUAAUCAGAGAUUUCUCAUAUGUGAACUUCCAGCAGUAUAUGUUUCAGUUCCUGAAGACCUACGUGGAUACCUCGGAGCCGCUGCUGGUAACGAUGAUGAAGAGUCUGAAUUCAGAACAUGCUGAAGAACCAAAGCGGUCAUCAGUGACUCCUGAGUCUCCAAGCAGGACAGAGGACCAGGAAGAAGCUUAUGAGCCCUUAAGAAGGGUAAAGCACUCAGUGGGAACUCUAAGACGUGCAGAAACUGCAGGAGGUGUGGCGGGAGCUCCAAGCUGCCCUGAAAUGGCAAAGGACCCGACAGGAGCUCCAGAGCACGUAGGAACAGUGAAAGAUGCGGUGAGAGCUCCCUGCCCUGCUGAAAGUACAGAGGAUUCUCAGGGAGCUCCAAGAUGUGCAGAAACCGCAAGAGAUGUGAUGGGGGCUCCAAGUCCCUCUGAAAUGACAAAGGACCUGCUAGGAGCUCCAAAGUGUACAGAAACUGCCAGAGAUGUGGUGAGAGCGCCCAGCCCUGCUGAGAGCACAAAGGACCCAGUGGGCACUCCAGGGCAUGCAGAAACAGCAAGAGAUGUGGCGAGAGCUCCCAGCCCUGCUGAAACAACAAAGAACCUUCCAGGAGCUCCAGAGUGUGCAGACACAGUGAAAAACACAGUGAGAGCACCCAGCCCUGCUGAAAGGAGGAAGGACCUUGUAAGAGCUCCAAAGCGUGCAGAAACAGCCAGAGAUGUGGUGAGGGCACCCAGCCCUGCUGAAAGGGUGAAGGACACAGUGGGCGCUUCCGAGCCUAUGAAAAGUGCUAGUUACCCAACGGCUUCUCAGCCUAGAAUAGCAGCUGUUAAGAGCUCCAAAGUUUUUUCAGUACCUGUGGAAAUAUCUGAACAACCAGCAGCUGCAGCUCCAGUGCAUGCAGGAGUGUCCUCCAGGGAUCUGGAAAGGACGCCCUUUAGAACUGUAACCACGUACGGAAUUUCUGUUCUGAGAGAAGCUUUCAAGAUGCUGUCCAACUCCCCGGAUUCAGAUGCACUCUUCAACAAACUGGAUGAAACAGACUUGCCUUCCCCCCAGCAAAUGUCUCCUUCUGUAUCCCACAGAACCAAGAGACGGAAAGAAGAGAAGAAUCAAGGUUCUGAGACCUUAGACUCUCCUGAAAUACCCCAUAAGAGCAAACGUUUGUUCACUAUAAGCAAAAUGAUAAUGGACCAAGGCAGCCAGUGCAGCAAGUCAAGUGAAAGUCCAGACUCUUCUCAGGAACGCGUUGUAUCUUCUGCCUAUAGACCUGUUCAGGAAUUGCCUGACCAGCCUGUAUCUACUAAAAGGUCCUCUCAACAAAGGUGGAAUAGUUCAUAUGGUGAAGAAAGAAAAGACAGCUGGAGUGAUGAAGAUGAGCUCUUUACAGAUGCAGCAUUAACUGAGACAAGCAGCAACAACUCCACAGUCUAUGGUUCCAAGAAACAGAAAUGGACAGUACAGGAAAGCGAGUGGAUCAAAGACGGAGUGAGGAAGUAUGGAGAAGGGAGGUGGAAGACCAUUUCUGAGAAAUACCCCUUCCAGAACCGCACAUCAGUGCAGAUCAAGGAUCGCUAUCGGACCAUGAAAAAGCUGGGAAUCGCCUAAAGCUGGGGAGCACGGGAUCCUCAGUAUUAAAAUGUUCUUGUUCUUAAAAGGUUGACCAUAGCAAUACUAGCAGCAAAGCUGCAGUGCACUUCCCUGGUGUGUGGUAAGCCCCUCUGCAUCGUCAUACCGGAGGCUGCUGCAGCACAUGGUUCUUGUCAGAUGUGGUUCCUGAGGAGCCUUGUGUCUCGAGUUGUAGCUGCAAGGUUUAUGUCUUCUGCAGUUGGCAGAAGCUGCAGUUUGAAUGCAUGUGCUAGGAAAUAGCCUGGAUUGGGAAUUCCUUUUCCUACCUGACAACUGCGGCCAAUCUGAUGGGCUGCUGAGAUGUCCUGUGUUCUGCCAUCUGACAAUAUCUGGGUAACUGUCAGUGGCUGUUUUUAUGUUUCACUUGUCUAAACUGUUGGAGUUUUGUUUCAUCCAUUUGUACUCUCUCCUUUGGAGAGGUAACACAGUCCCACAGUUUCUGGGAAGAGGUUUAGGCAAGGCAAUUUUUCUCCCAGAAAUGUUUUUCUAGCCUGCAGGUAGGACUCUCCCUCACAACUUUCUGAGACUUAAGCAGUGUGUUUUUUUUUUAGUAAGUAAAUAUUGAUUGGUCCCAUCUUAAACAAUCCAGUGCUCAAUGAUGUUGAUUGUGACUUAUUGUCUCCUUCCUGGUAACAGCAUCCUGUAUGCAAUCCCUGCAAGCAUAUGAGCCCUGAGGGUACUGUUUCUUGCCUUCAGAUGACUGAGCAGUAUCUUCUAUAAAAUAAAGUUCUUUGCUGAUGAGUUUCAA